GCCUGACAGCGACAGCGGCUCGCGGACGAGGAUGAAGCUAAGAUGGCAGCGUUAGCGAGACUGCGGCUCGUUCGGGCUCCAGCCAAACGCCAGCGACGGGCGCUGCCAGCCGGCACCGCGGCCCAGCUCUGAAGGAAAGCCGUACAUGUCGUUCGUCCACAUGCGACAUUAUGCCCGGGAAUGUCAUAUUUAAUCGGGCAUUGAUUGAAAUUACCGCGCUGAAAAGGAGCGCCGCUUCGGAUUCGCACCACGGAGUGUAUUUUAUGUCGUUUCAGUUCUAAUCGGGUGCAUGGAAUUUUAUUUUUUUCUGCAUUCGAAGGACAUCUAGCUUUAAUGUAUAAGGUCUUUUUAAUGACGAAUGUUAGUGACUGCAAAAAGUGAGAUUUUAACUAAAUGUCGCUGAUGUAACAUACGAGUCGUUCCACAAAAUAAUGAUGUGCGCCGCUGCGGCGGCGGCGGCUGCAGGAGGGAUCCUCUCGUCGCCUCCCACCGUGGGCUUGGGUGUCAAAGUCUUUUCAGCAGCCGGGACGGAUUUUCCUUGUACGGGAUUAGCUAUGGGUUCGUGUCCCGGCCCGGGGGCUCAAUCAGACUGCCGGAGCCGGUAUCAGCUUCUGCUCUCAGGCAGAGCUUUGGGGGACAUAUAUCGGAGGAUUUACACCACAGCCAUAAGCGACAAAGAGCAAGGGAUUUCACAGAGCAGGGGAAAGAAGACUUUGAACAAAAAGAAGCUGAAAAGGCGACAGAAGGUCAAAUCAAAAGUAAAAAUUAGAACAAAGGCCGAUGGCGUGGACGGGAUCCUCCCCAUCCCAGACGUUAAGCUCCAUGGCAACCCUUCGGCCUUUAACGUCUACUGCAGCGUGCGCCUCUGCGUGCUGGACUGGCAGCAGAGGGAAGCGUCUCUGGCCCUCGCUUCCCGCAGCUCCGUGCAGAGCGGCGACUCGGACAGCGAGGAAGAGGAGGAGUGCCGCGAGCCGGUGAUCAAGCUACCCAAGAUCAUCGGCAUCGGGCUGCGCGGCGUGUUCGAGCUCAUCAAGGAGACGCGCUUCUCGCACCCUUCGCUGUGCCUGCGCAGCCUGCAGGCCCUGCUGGACAUGCUGCAGGGCCAGCAGCCCGAGGCCUUCCUCUCAGAGCCCCCCGAUGUCCUGGAGUCUCUGUUCUACCUUCUGCUGGAGACGACGGUGCGCAGCACGGCCAUGAGCGACAAAACGGGCCAGGCACUGGCGGCACUGUCCUGCACCUGCCUCUUCAGCUUGGUGGUGUGUUGGGGCGACACAGGGAGGAUCCUGCAGGCCGUGUCGGCCAUCCUCACCAACAACGGCAGCCACGCCUGCCAGACCAUUCAGGUACCCACCAUCCUGGGAGCUCUGCAGCGCAGUGUUCAGGCCGUCCUGGUGGGCAAGGUGCAGAUCCAGGACUGGUUCGGCAGCGGCAUCAAGAGAGCAGCGCUGAUGAACAAGUGGGUGUUGAGGGACGUCACGGUGGACGAGGACGAGCACUGCCUGCUCCAGACUGACGGCUCCUUCCUCUAUCUGCUGUGCAAGGAUGGGCUCUACAAAGUGGGCUCCGGUUACAGUGGCACUGUCCGGGGUCACGUGUAUAACUCGACGUCACGCAUCAGGAACCGAGAGGGGAAGGGGUCCUGGCUCGGGUUCGCUCAGGGCUGUCUGCUGUACAGAGAUAUGAAUAGCCAAAACAUGACAGCUGUAAGGAUCAACCCAGAGACGCUGGAGCAGGAGGGAACGAUCACCCUGGCUGGUCUGCAAGGGGAUGGACAGAACAUUUUAUUUACGGAUGGGGAAUACAUCAAUCAGAUUGCAGCCUGCAAAGAUGAUGGUUUCGUGGUGCGGAUCUACGCCACGAGUGCCGAGCCGGCCCUGCAGCAGGAGCUGCAGCUGAAGCUGGCUCGCAAGUGCCUGCACGCCUGUGGCAUUUCCCUGUUCGACCUGGAGAAGGACCUUCACAUCAUCAGCACCGGGUUUGAUGAAGAAGCUGCCCUGCUUGGAGCUGGCAGGGAGUUUGCGCUGAUGAAGACGGCAUCAGGGAAGAUCUACUACACUGGGAAGUAUCAGAGCCUGGGCAUCAAGCAGGGAGGCCCGUCAGCGGGCAAAUGGGUGGAGCUGCCCAUCACCAAGUCGCCCAAGAUAGUGCAGUUCUCUGUGGGCCACGACGGCUCCCACGCCCUACUGGUGGCCGAGGACGGCAGCGUCUUCUUCACUGGCUGCGCCAGCAAGGGUGAAGAUGGGGAGUCAACAAAAAGCCGGAGACAGCCAAAGCCAUACAAGCCCAAGAAGAUGAUCAAGCUGGAGUCCAAGGUGGCCGUGUGCACGGCCUGCAACAACGGCAGCAGCAGCAUUGUGACCAAAGACGGGGAGCUCUACAUGUUCGGAAAGGACGCCGUGUACAGCGACAGCGCCUGCCAAGUCACAGACCUGAAAGGGCACUUUGUAACUCAGGUAGCCAUGGGAAAGGCCCAUACCUGCGUGCUGACUAAGAACGGGGAGCUGUGGACGUUUGGGGUGAACAACAAGGGCCAGUGUGGUCGGGACACGGGGGCCAUGAGUCAGGCUGGCAAAGCGGCUUUUGGCGUGGAGAACAUGGCCACCGCCAUGGACGAGGACUUGGAGGAGGAGCUGGACGAGCGAGAGGGGAAAUCGCUGAUGUGCCAGCCGGGCGCUCACAGGUGGAAGCUGGACCAGUGCAUGGUGUGCACGGUGUGCGGAGAGUGCACGGGCUAUGGCGCGAGCUGCGUGAGCAGUGGGCGGCCGGACCGCGUGCCCGGGGGAAUCUGUGGCUGCGGCUCGGGGGAGUCCGGCUGCGCCGCCUGCGGCUGCUGCAAGGCCUGCGCUCGUGAGCUGGAUGGCCAGGAGGCAAGACAGCGCGGCAUCUUCGAUGCGGUGAAGGAAAUGAUCCCCCUGGACCUGCUGUUGGGCGUGAACAUCGAGGAGCACAUCCAGGUGCGACAGGAGGAGAAGCGGCAGAGGGUGAACCGCAGGCAGCGGUUGGAGGAAGGCCGAGGCCCCCUUGUAUUCCCUGGCCCCAUGUUUUUGCACCAGCGAGAGCAGGCGCUAGCCAGGCUAAGACCCCUUCAGGCCCACCUAAAGCAUAAGAGGGACAAACACACAGAUGGCAGCGGUGACCGUGUGGACAAAGAUGCGAGCAAGAUCACCACCUACCCCCCCGGCGCGGUGCGCUUCGACUGCGACCUGCGGGCGGUGCAGGUCAGCUGUGGUUUCCACCACUCCGUGGUAUUAAUGGAGAACGGGGAUGUCUACACCUUCGGCUACGGACAGCACGGCCAGCUUGGUCAUGGAGAUGUCAACUCCAGGGGCACUCCUACAUUGGUGCAGGGUCUACCCGGGCCUACUGUCCAGGUGACAGCAGGCAGUAACCACACAGCAGUCCUCUUGAUGGACGGCCAGGUCUACACCUUCGGGAGUUUUUCGAAAGGGCAGCUGGGCCGGCCGAUUCUGGACAUGCCAUACUGGAAUGCCAAGCCCUCCCCAAUGCCUAACAUUGGAGCCAAAUAUGGGCGCAAGGCCACAUGGAUUGGAGCUAGUGGGGACCAGACCUUCCUCAGGAUCGACGAGGCUCUGAUCAACUCCCACGUCCUGGCUACGUCGGAGAUCUUCGCCAGUCGCCACAUUAUCGGCCUGGUGCCCACCUCUGUCUUUGAGCCCCCACCCUUUAAAUGCCUGCUCAUCAAUAAGACGGAUGGCAGCUGUAGGACUUUCAGUGACUCGGAGCAGGAAGACCUGCAGGGCUUUGGGCUCUGCCUCGACCCGGUCUAUGAUGUCAUCUGGAGAUUCCUGCCGGCCACACGGGAGAUGUGGUGCUACCAUGCGGUGAUGGCUGACGCGCGGCUCUCCCCGACGCCGGGCCCGCAGGUGCGCUGCAGCAUUCUGAGCCCCGAGCUGGCUCUGCCGUCCGGGCCCCACGCAACCACCACCCGCUCGCAUGGAGCCCUGCACGUCCUGGGAUGCCUGGACACGCUUGCGGCUAUGCAGGAGCUGAAGGUGGGCGUGGCCAGCACCGAGGAGGAAACUCAGGCUGUCAUGAAGGUCUAUUCCAAAGAGGACUACAGUGUGGUCAACCGCUUUGAGAGUCACGGCGGUGGCUGGGGAUAUUCCGCCCAUUCGGUGGAAGCCAUCCGCUUCUGCGCCGACGCCGACAUCCUGCUGGGGGGCCUGGGGCUCUUCGGGGGCCGGGGAGAGUACACGGCCAAGAUCAAGUUGUUUGAGCUGGGACCAGACGGGGGUGACCACGAGACCGAUGGGGACCUGCUGGCCGAAACAGACGUCCUGGCAUACGACUGCGCUGCUAGGGAGAAGUAUGCCAUGAUGUUUGAUGAGCCGGUGCUCCUGCAGAUGGGCUGGUGGUACGUGGCUUGGGCCAGGGUUUCGGGUCCGAGCAGCGACUGCGGCUCUCACGGUCAAGUCACCAUCACGACUGACGACGGCGUGGUCUUCCAGUUUAAGAGCUCCAAGAAGUCCAACAAUGGAACUGACGUAAAUGCUGGGCAGAUACCUCAGCUGCUGUACAGGCUUCCAUCAAAUGAUGGAAACUCAGCAAAGGGGAAGCAGCAGACCAGCGAGCCUGUACACAUCCUGAAGCGCUCCUUUGCUCGCACUGUUUCCGUGGAAUGCUUCGAGUCCCUGUUGAGUGUGCUGCACUGGAGCUGGAGCACGCUGGUGCUGGGAGCCGAGGAGCUGCGGGCCCUCAAGGGCUUCCAGUACACGGCCACGCUGCUGGACCUGGAGCGGCUGCGCUUCGUGGGCGCCUGCUGCCUGCGUCUGCUGCGCGUCUACGUCUGCGAGAUCUACCCCGUCUCAGCCAGCACCAAGGCUGUGGUGGAGGAGUCCAGCAGGCUGGCGGAGUGCGUGGGGAAGACACGCGGCCUGCUGAAGAAGAUCCUGUCGGAGGGCGUGGAUGGUCGUUUGACGCAGCUGGACAACGAUCCCCAGGGCUACCUGAGCCAGCCACUGGCUCUGCUGGAAGCCGUGCUCCAGGAGUGUCACAACACCUUCACUGUUUGCUUCCAUGCCUUCUACCCUACCCCCGCCCUGCAGUGGGCCUGUCUCUGCGACCUGCUCAACUGCCUCGACCAGGACAUCCAGGAAGCCAACUUCCGCACGUCCAGCAGUCGCCUCCUGGCCGCCGUCAUGUCGGCGCUGUGCAACACCUCGGUGAAGCUGACCUCCAUCCUUCCCAUCGCGUACGAAGGCGAGGGGCUGCUGCGUACACUCGCCAAGCAGGUCAGCACGGAGAACGACUCGGCUCUCGCUCACCGCUUCCCCCUGCUGGUCGCACACAUGGAGAAGCUCAGCCAUAGUGAGGAGAACCUGAUGGGUCUGACGAGUUUCCGGGAGGUCUUGGAGAAGAUGCUGGUGAUCGUGGUGCUGCCAGUGAGGAAGAGCUUACGGAAGGAGCUGGAACUCUUCUCCCCACACCUGGUGUCGAACACCUGCAGCUUGCUGGCCAGCAUUGUGAAUGAGCUGACUGCCUCCGCACUGGGCACCGAGGUGGACCGCCUGAGCUCCCUGCACUCUGUGAAGUGCACCCCCAGCCGCUUCACCAAGACCAGCCAGGGCCGCAGCUGGAACACGGGCAACGGCUCGCCGGACGCCAUCUGCUUUGUGGUGGACAAGCCGGGCGUGGUCCUGGUGGGCGUCUGCGUCUACGGGGGCGGCGGAAUCCACGAGUACGAGCUGGAGGUGCUCGCUGAUGAUGCCCAGACGGAGCACCCAGGGGAUUCUGCUCAUUCUCACAGGUGGACGUCCCUCGAGCUGGUGAAAGGCACUUAUAGCACCGAUGACUCGUCGAGCGACAUCGCUGAAAUCCGUCUGGACAAAGUAGUGCCACUGAAGGAGAAUGUCAAGUAUGCUGUUCGCCUGCGUAACUACGGCAGUCGCACGGCCAAUGGGGAUGGGGGCAUGACCACAGUCCAGUGCUCCGAUGGGGUGACCUUCACGUUCAGCACCUGCAGUCUGAGCAGCAAUGGAACCAACCAGACCCGAGGACAGAUUCCCCAGAUUCUCUACUACAGGAGUGAGUAUGACGGAGAUCUGCAGUCUCAAUUACUCAGCAAGGCCAACGAAGAGGAUAAGAACUGCAGCCGAUCUCUGUCGGUGGUCAGCGCCGUGGUCCGGGCGGCCAAGGACCUGCUGCACAGGGCCUUCGCUGUGGACGCGGAUGACAUUCCAGAAGUGUUGAGCUCCUCCAGUCUGUUCUCAGUGCUGGUUCCCCUCGUCCUGGCCUACAUUGGUCCAGUGGCAGCAUCUGUUCCCAAGGCCGCAGUGGAGGUCUUUGGACUGGUGCAGGAGCUGCUUCCUGCUGUUUCUGCUCUGAAUCAGAAAUAUGCCCCGCCCUCCUUCAACCCCAACCAAUCCACCGACAGCGCCACCGGCAACCAGCCAGACCAGGGCCUGUCUGCCUGCACCACGUCCAAUCACUAUGCGGUUAUUGAGAGUGACCACCCCUACAAGCCGUCAGCUGUCACCCAGUAUAAGGUGGCGUUCCCAGACUGUGUGCGCUGGAUAACCAUCGAGUUUGACGCGCAGUGCGGCACCGCCCAGCCUGAAGACGUACUGCGCUUGCUCAUCCCCAGCAGGUCGGCGAACUUCUCUGGGAUGGGCUCCAAGCCGCUGGUUCAUGAGACCAUCAACGCCUGGACGGAGCUGAAGAAGUUCUCCGGCUCUGUGGGCUGGCCCACCACUGUGCUGGUGCUGCCAGGCAAUGAGGCCGUCUUCUCAUUGGAGACUGCCUCCGACUAUGUGAAAGAUGAGAAGUCUUGCUUUUAUGGUUUCAAAUGUAUCGCCGUCGGUUAUGAAUUCAACCCUGGACCAGAUGAGGGGAUCGUCCAGUUAGAGAAGGAGCUGGCGUACCUGGGUAGCGUGUGUGCUGCUGCCUUAAUGAAGAAGGAUUUGGCUCUUCCUAUAGGAAAUGAGUUGGAAGAAGACCUCGAGAUAAUUGAGGAAGCAUCUCUCCAGGUCUGCAAGGCCCAUGCUGGCAUUCUGGGGAAAGGCCUGGCUCUCUCCCACUCUCCCACCAUCCUCGAGGCCCUGGAGGGAAACCUGCCCCUACAGCUGCAGAGCAACGAGCACUCCUUUCUGGAGGACUUCAUCACCUGUGUGCCAAACUCCAGCGGAGGCCGCCUGGCCCGAUGGCUGCAGCCAGAUUCCUACGCUGAUCCCCAGAAGACCUCUCUCAUCCUGAAUAAAGAUGACAUUCGUUGUGGCUGGCCCACCACCUUGGUGGUACAAACCAAAGACCAGUAUGGAGAUGUGGUACAUGUACCAAACAUGAAGGUCGAAGUCAAGGCGGUGCCAGUCUCCCAGAAGAAGCCCCCCCAGCAGGAGGGUGGUAAGAAGCUGCAGCGCUUUCAAGGGGGCUCAACACAACCCAUUACUGGAGCUGACCUCACUUUUGGGGGCCUGUCCGCGCCCAAACUGGAUGCCACCUAUGAACCCAUGAUCAUCAAAGAGGCUCGUUACAUCGCCAUCACCAUGAUGAAGGCUUAUGAAAACUAUUCAUUCGAAGAGCUUCGAUUUGCAUCCCCAACUCCAAAGAGGCCCAGUGAAAACAUGCUGAUCCGGGCCAACACUGAUGGUACCUACAGCGCCAACUGGACCCCUGGUGCUGUGGGCCUCUACACCAUUCAUGUGACCAUUGACGGGAUCGAGAUCGAUGCUGGCCUGGAGGUCGAGGUGAAGGAUCCUCCCAAGGGUAUGAUACCACCGGGGACUCAGAUGAUCAAACUGAAGGCUGAGCCUCAGCCAAGCAAGACCCGCAGAUUUGUGGCCAAGGACAGCGCGGGGCUGCGUGUGCGCAGCCACCCGUCCCUGCAGAGCGAGCAGAUAGGCAUAGUGCAAGUCAAUGGGACCAUCACUUUCAUUGACGAGAUCCGCAAUGAUGAUGGGGUGUGGCUCAGGCUCAACGAUGAGACUGUAAAGAAGUACGUUCCCAACAUGAAUGGGUACACUGAGGCCUGGUGUCUCUCGUAUAACCAGCACCUGGGCAGGAACCUCCUGGUCCCUGAUGACGAGGGCAGAACGCACUUGGAUGAGUAUGUUAAGGAAGUCAGUGGCCGCCCCGCCCAUGAAGCCCCCAUGCGUGGGCAUGACAGGGUGGGCCGGGGCGGUGGACCGGGCAUUUAUAAGGUAGUGAAGACUGGUCCGUCAGGCCACAACAUCAGGAGCUGCCCAAACCUUAGGGGUAUCCCCAUUGGAAUGUUAGUUCUGGGAAACAAAGUCAAGGCGCUAGGCGAGGUGACCAAUGCUGACGGAACGUGGGUGCAGCUGGACAAGAGCAGCGUGGUGGAGUUCUGUGAGAGCGACGAGGGGGAGGCCUGGUCUCUGUCCCGGGACCGAGGCGGCAACCAGUAUCUGCGGCAUGAUGAAGAGCAAGCGGCCGUGGAACAUGGGCCGCAGACACCCCCGCCGAGCCCAUUCUCGGUGCAGGCCUUCAGCCGUGCUGCAGGGAGCGCUGGUGCGCAGGGCUUCGACUACGGGAUCUCGAGCAGCAAAGGUGACCGGUUGAGUGCUGUACUGAAUUCCAUUCAGUCUGGGCCUUUCCUCCUAACUCCCUCCGUAUUUGAGCAAGCUGCCCAACCUCCCUGUUCCCUUGUCCACAGCCCAUUUGUGUUUGGACAGUCCCUUUCCCAGCAGCCUCAACCACAGCUUCCGAAUGCUUCAUCACGCAGCCUUGCUUCACGUGAGCGUGUGCACAAAAGCGGCGCGGGGGGGCUCGGCACCGCUCUAUCAUCUCUCGCUGUCAGGCACAAGGGCGAGAGGGGAACAGCUCGCUCCAUGUCCCCAGCAAGCAAGCAACGGCAAGAGAACCGGCCCUCGAAGUCCGAGACCCGUGGAAGCCGAGCUUACGAUCAGGGCAAGAUCAAGAGCAAUGAAAGCAUAUCUGCUAGCGAGGCCCUGAUCCUGAAGUCUGAAACCGCCAAGCUGAGGUCCGACUCCCACAGCCGCUCCCAUUCUCCGAACCACAACACUCUGCAAGCUCUCAAAGGUGAUGGAAGGACGUCUGACCUAAGGGCGGAGUCUCCCACUCCAAGUUCUCGGUCAUCGUCCCCCAAGCAGAAAGGCGUCUCCAGUGGCAGGUCCAGCCCUUCUGGCACCUGCUCGCCCGGUCCCGCUUCCUUUCAUGAGAAAAACCUACCUCAGAAACUCAGCCCAUCUUCAAAGGUCCACCUUGACCCUCCUCGCGAGAGAUCCAAGUCGGACUCGUAUACCCUAGAUCCUGACGCGCUGCGGAAGAAGAAGGUGGCCUUGGUAGAUCCCACACGAGGCCGCUCUACUUCACCCAAACCAAAAAUCCCACCCAAAGACAAUGUGGAGAACCGUGCACCUUCGCCCCAUGUGGUGCAGGAGAACCUCCACAAAGAAGUCGUUGAAGUCUGUACCUCCAGCGCCCGGCAGUCCAACAACGAAGAAGGUAUUGGUGAGAACAGCGAGCUGCUCGGCAGCGACGAGGGCUCCUCCAAAGUGCACUUCAGCAUCGGGAAAGCUCCUGUCAAGGAGGAGCUGGAGACCCGCUCAUCACCCAAAGUCAGCCGCAAGUCCUCAGGCCGGCAUGUCAGGCUCAAGAAAGAGAAGUCGGGACCUCUCUUCAAGGGGGAGACUGUGAGAAUGGCAGAGCCCACUAAGCAAGCCAUGUCACCGUCCGUGGCGGAGUGCGCCCGCGCCGUCUUUGCGGCCUUCUUAUGGCAUGAGGGCAUCGUUCACGAUGCAAUGGCCUGCUCCUCGUUCCUGAAGUUCAACCCUGAGCUGACCAAGGAGCACGCUCCCAUCCGCAGCUCCCUCAGCUCUCAGCAGGCUACAGACGAGAAGGAGAGCAAAGUCAAGAACCGGCACUCUUUGGAGAUCUCCUCUGCCCUCAACAUGUUCAACAUUUCUCCUCACGGCCCUGACAUCUCCAAGAUGGGAAGCAUCAACAAGAACAAGGUGCUCUCCAUGCUCAAGGAGCCACCCCUCCCAGAGAGGUGCGAGGAUGGUAAGAUGGAACCGGUAGCCUACGAGGUGACCAGCCACUCCAGCAUGAAGAGCAAGUCCAUCCUGCCACUCACACUCCAACAUCUGGUCGCCUUUUGGGAAGACAUCUCCAUGGCCACCAUCAAGGCGGCAACCCAGAAUAUGAUUUUCCCCAGCCCGGGAUCCAGUGCCAUUUUGAAGCGGAAAGAGAGCGAGAAGGACAACAAAAAAGCCAAAAAGGAGAAGAAGAAGAAGGACCGAGCUGAGAUUCGGCCCAGGGGAAACCUUUUCGGGGAGAUGGCCCAGUUUGCCAUGGGAGGUCCGGAGAAGGACACCAUUUGUGAGCUGUGUGGAGAAUCACAUCCAUACCCAGUCACUUACCACAUGAGGCAGGCCCACCCAGGCUGCGGUCGCUAUGCCGGUGGCCAGGGCUAUAACAGCAUCGGGCACUUCUGUGGGGGCUGGGCAGGUAACUGUGGAGAUGGAGGGAUCGGAGGAAGCACAUGGUACCUGGUCUGUGACAGAUGCCGAGAAAAGUACCUGAGGGAGAAGCUGACAGCUGCCAGAGAAAAGGUGAAGCAGUCCAGGAAGAAGCCGCUACAAGUGCGGAUCCCGCGGGCGCUGCCCACCAUGGAGGCACACCAGGUGAUCCGGGCCAACGCCCUGUUCCUGCUGUCCCUGAGCAGCGCCGCCGAGCCCAACUUACUGUGCCACCACCCAGCGAAGCCCUUCCACGCUCACCUGCCCAGCCUCAAGGAGGGCGUGUCUGAUGACCUGCCUGGCAAGAUGGGCUGCCUGUACCUGCAGAUGCUGGCACGGCACCACACAGAGACCUUCGGAGCGUUCCAGGACGACAACCUCUUCCAGGACGAGAUGCGAUACCUGCGCUCAACGUCGGUCCCCGCACCGUACAUCUCGGUCACCCCCGAUGCCUGUCCUAAUGUGUUUGAGGAGCCGGAGAGUAACAUGAAGUCCAUGCCCCCCAGUCUGGAAACUAGCCCCAUCACGGACAGCGACACAGCCAAGCGCACCGUAUUCCAGAGGUCCUACUCUGUAGUGGCAUCCGAAUAUGACAAACAGCAUUCGGCAUCACCCGCGCGGGUGAAGGCUGUACCCAGAAGGCGGGUCCACAGCGGAGAUGCCGAGCUGGGCUCCUCUUUGCUCCGACACCCCUCCCCCGAGCUCUCGCGGCUCAUCUCCGCCCACAGUUCGCUCAGCAAGGGCGAACGUAACUCCCAGUGGCCCGUGCUGGCCUUCGUCAUCCAGCACCACGACCUGGAAGGUUUGGACCUGGCGAUGCGGCAUGCGCUGCGCAAGUCCGCCUGCAGGGUGUUCGCCAUGGAGGCGUUUAAUUGGCUGCUGUGCAACGUCAUCCAAACGACUGCGCUGCACGACAUCCUGUGGCACUUUGUGGCCUCCCUGACUCCCUCUCCCAGCGAGCCGGAAGAAGAGGAGGACGAAGAGAACAAAGGAAAUAGAGAACAAGUAGAACAGGAAAGGGACCUUGGGGUGUGUGAGCAUCCGCUCUCAGACAUUGUGAUUGCCGGGGAGGCAGCCCACCCCCUCCCCCACACCUUCCACCGUCUCCUUCAGACCAUCUCAGAUCUCAUGAUGUCAUUGCCCAGUGGAAGUUCCUUACAGCAGAUGGCACUCAGGUGCUGGAGCCUCAAGUUUAAGCAGUCCGACCAUCAGUUCCUGCACCAGAGCAACGUCUUUCACCAUAUCAACAACAUCCUGUCCAAGUCUGACGAUGGUGACAGCGAGGAGAGCUUCAAUAUCAGCGUGCAGUCCGGGUACGAGGCCAUCAAUCAGGAGCCAUGUAUGGUCACUUGCCUGAAGGACCUGACCAGCGUGGUAGACAUCAAGACCUCCAGCAGGCCAGCCAUGAUCGGCAGCCUGACUGACGGAUCCACAGAGACCUUCUGGGAAUCCGGUGAUGAAGACAAGAACAAAACCAAGAGCAUCACCAUCAGCUGCGUGAAGGGUGUCAACGCCUUGUAUGUGUCUGUUCAUAUAGACAACUCCCGCGACAUUGGGAACAAAGUCACAUCCGUUACAUUCCUGUGUGGGAAGGCAGUUGAAGAUCUAUGCAGAAUUAAACAGAUGGAGCUGGACUCGCGGCACAUGGGCUGGGUGACCAGCGAGCUGCCCAUCGGGGACACCCACAUCAUCAAGGUGGAGCUGAAGGGCCCCGAGAACACGCUGAGGGUGCGGCAGGUGCGUGUGCUGGGCUGCAAGGAGGGCGACAGCGUCACCAUUGCCGGGCAGAUCUCAGCCAGCGUGGCCCAGCAGAGGAACUGCGAGGCUGAGACUCUACGCGUCUUCCGGCUCAUCACCUCACAGGUGUUCGGGAAGCUGAUCUGUGGAGAUGCGGAGCCUACUCCUGAGCAAGAGGAGAAGCAUCUGCUUUCGUCUCCAGAGGGAGAGGACAAGGCUCCAUCAGAUGCAGACUUGAAGGAGCAUAUGGUGGGAAUCAUAUUCAGCAGGAGCAAGCUGACCAACCUGCAGAAACAGGUGUGCACCCACAUCGUCCAGGCCAUCCGCACCGAAGCCACGCGUGUCCGCGAGGAGUGGGAGCACGCCAUCUCCAGCAAGGAGAAUGCCAACUCGCAGCCCAGCGACGAGGACGCCUCCUCGGACGCCUACUGCUUCGAGCUGCUCUCCAUGGUGCUGGCGCUGAGCGGCUCCAACGUGGGCCGCCAGUACCUGGCACAGCAGCUCACCCUGCUGCAGGACCUCUUCUCCCUGCUGCACACGGCGUCACCGCGGGUCCAGAGACAGGUGACAUCGCUGCUCCGCCGCGUUCUCCCUGAGGUCAUCCCCGCCCGCCUGGCCAGCAUCAUUGGCGUGAAGGCCCUACCGCCUGCUGACAUCAGCGACAUCAUACACUCAACAGAGAAAGGGGACUGGAGCAAACUCGGCAUUGUGGACAUGUUCCUGGGCUGCAUCGCCAAGGCGCUCACCGUGCAGGUGAAGGCCAAGGGCGCCACCAUCAUCGGCGCGUCUGGCACUAGUGUCGGCAAGGGUGUCACCACCGUCACUCUGCCCAUGAUCUUCAACUCCAGCUACAUAAGGCGAGGAGAGAGUCACUGGUGGAUGAAGGGCUCCACGCCACCCCAGAUUGCAGAGAUCAUCAUCAAGCUGGUCAAGGACAUGGCAGCUGGCCACCUGUCGGAGGCUUGGUCCCGAGUGACUAAGAAUGCCAUCGCUGAGACCAUCAUCGCUCUGACCAAGAUGGAGGAGGAGCACCGGUCUCCAAUGCGCUGCAUCGCCACCACCAGGCUCUGGCUGGCCCUGGCCUCACUCUGCGUGCUCGACCAAGACCACGUGGACAGGCUGUCUUCUGGCCGCUGGAUGGGCAAGGAUGGCCAGCAAAAACAGAUGCCCAUGUGCGAUAACCAUGACGACGGGGAGACUGCCGCCAUCAUCCUGUGUAACGUUUGUGGCAAUCUGUGCACGGACUGCGACCGCUUCCUGCACUUGCACCGCCGCACACGCUCGCACCAGAGGCAGGUGUUCAAAGAGGAAGAAGAAGCCAUUAAAGUGGACCUUCAUGAAGGCUGCGGGAGAACCAAACUCUUCUGGUUGAUGGCGCUGGCUGAUUCCAAGACCAUGAAGGCGAUGGUGGAGUUUCGGGAACACACCGGCAAACCAGCGUCCAGCAGCUCAGAGGCCUGUCGCUUCUGUGGGACCAGGAGCGGCACAGAGCUCUCCGCAGUGGGCAGCGUCUGCUCUGAUCCCGACUGCCAGGAGUACGCCAAGCUGGCGUGCAGCAGGACGCACCCGUGUGGACAUCCGUGCGGCGGGGUGAAGAACGAGGAGCACUGUCUGCCUUGCCUGCACGGAUGUGACAAGAGCGCCACCUACCUGAAGCAGGACGCCGAUGACAUGUGCAUGAUCUGCUUCACUGAGGCGCUGUCGGCUGCCCCUGCCAUCCAGCUGGACUGCACUCACGUGUUCCACCUCCAGUGCACACGGCGGGUUCUGGAGAACCGCUGGCUGGGGCCAAGGAUAACCUUUGGGUUCAUGUCAUGCCCUAUCUGCAAGAACAAGAUUAACCAUUCGGUCAUAAAGGACUUGCUGGACCCCAUAAAGGAGUUAUACGAGGACGUGAGGAGGAAAGCUCUUAUGCGAUUGGAGUAUGAGGGGCUGCACAAGAGCGAAGCUAUCACUACCCCCGGAGCGCGCUUCCACAACGACCCGGCCGGCUUCGCCAUGAACCGAUAUGCUUACUAUGUGUGCUACAAGUGCAAAAAGGCUUACUUUGGAGGGGAGGCUCGCUGUGAUGCGGAGGCAGGACAGGGGGAUGACUAUGAUCCCCGGGAGCUGAUCUGCGGAGGGUGCUCUGAUGUCUCACGGGCACAGAUGUGCUCUAAACACGGCACGGACUUCCUGGAGUAUAAAUGCCGUUACUGCUGCUCUGUGGCCGUGUUCUUCUGCUUCGGGACCACACACUUCUGCAAUGCAUGCCAUGACGAUUUUCAGAGGAUGACCAGUAUCCCCAAGGAGGAGCUUCCUCACUGUCCGGCUGGUCCUAAAGGAAAGCAGCUGGAAGGGACAGAAUGCCCCCUGCAUGUGGUCCAUCCCCCCACCGGCGAGGAAUUCGCCCUGGGUUGUGGAGUCUGUCGGAACGCCCACACCUUCUGAGCCCCCACCUUCUGCACCCCAUUUGUCGCUGGUCCCACUGUCACUAGAAGGGCGGACCGUCCACCCUCGUGAUCCGCAAGCCAGGCGCCGACAUGGAAGUUCACGGGAUGCUAGGACCCUUACAGACGAUGUAUAAUUCCUGCUCGCCGAGUUAAAACAUCGCAUCCAUGAACUCGAAAAAAACCCAGCUCUCAGUAAAUGUGGGUCAAUGUGGGAGAAUAAUGUGAACAUGUAUACUAUGGGUACAAAUAUAUAUUAUUGUAUGUAUACUGAACUUUCUGGCCUUCCUGUACAGUAUUCUCAACUUUCAACUACAUGAUGCGUUAAAAGAAGAAAAAAGAAAAAAACACGAUGAUGGAUUGAUGAAAGUAGGCUAUUAGGAAAAUUAUGUUUCUGAGAUGUAGUGUAUGAUUUGUCAAAUGUAUAUAAUGGUGGCGUCUAUAACAGGCAAAUGCUGAAGUGGAUACUACAUUUUGAGGAUGCAGGGGUUGUGUUUAGAGCCUGAUAUUUUAAUGAAGUGCAAAACUCAGUGUGCCUCCCACCUCGCAGCUGUUAACAUAUGAAACGUGUAUGUUAGUAAAGCCACUGUACAUUUUUAUACAAGGAAACCUGUUCAGUACAGUGUCAGAUUGCAUCUAUAUGCCAAGAAUGUUGAGAAGCCUGUCUGCAUCGUCUUCAUGUAUGUAUGAUAAUGUAUUGUCAAUCCUUCACUAGUAAUGUGGUACAAGCUUUUUUUUUUUUUAACUAUAAUUUGAAUUGUAUAAAUAUACAGACUUGGGGGGGGGGGGGCUGUUGUUUACACCAAAAACAUGACAUGGAAUAGUGAUGUAUCAUUUUGAGGUGUAAUGUUGACUGCAAAUAUGAUUAGGAAACCAAUGUGAGAUUAAAUGGUCAUUGGGGCUUGGCUUAAGGUGUGGAUUAACUGCUGUUGAUAUUAACAUUUGUAAAUCUGCUCUGUAAUAAUAUCUGGAGAUGGAGCUGAAUAAUAAUAAACCAAUUUCUUUGGUUCACAGCGUA